AGAGUGCUACCAUUUACGCACCCAGCGGAUAGUAAAUAUCUUAUUGUAUACUUCAGUGCUACACAAUAACUUAACCUAUACGUUAUACAGUGUUAUAUGUUCCUACUAUUCAUUUAUUGAUUGAUAGGUAUUAAUGUUGUAAACGAUGUCAGAUUGGUGGUAUGACAUGAAAUUUUAUUCAUUAAAAUUCAUGUUGGAGAAAUAUGGGCAAUUUAGUAACAAAUUUGGAAUGCUGUGUAUAGCUCGAGAAGAAAAUGUUACCGGAAAAAGAGUUUACUUCAUUGCCAGUUUGAAUAAGUUUUUGUAUCAUUAUCCAAUUAUGUCUAACCGGCAUUAUUACGAGAUAAUUACAGACAAAUCUACGAUUUACUUCGAUCUCGAGUAUAAUCGAUCAGAUUCUUUUUUUAUCAACGACGAGAAAGGAUUCACUCUUUUCAUAGAAUUAUUGAAACAAUUUCUUCUGGCUAAGUUUCCUAACAUUCAAGCAAAUGAAAUUUAUUAUCUAACGCUGGACGCUUCUAAUCAUAAGAAAUUUAGUCGACACGUUAUAGUUCGAUUAAUUAGUAAAAAUACGGAAUAUAUACACAAUAACAAUUUCGAUGCCUUGCGUGCUCUUAUGCUAGAAUUCAGAGACUUUAUCAUUGGGUUCGUGUUUGGUAUAAAUUACGAUGCAAGUAUGUAUCGAAAUAUUGACAUUUCAAAUGGAAAAUAUUUACGAAAGUAUCAAAAAAACGUCGACAUAUCAGAGCAAGAUCUUUGCUAUGAUAAAUUCGCUUCGGAAUAUUCAACUAAGAAUGCCAAAGAAAUUGUAAUAUUCUUAGCUGAUGGUUUAUUUAUUGAUUACAAAGUCUAUGACAGGAACAGAAACUUUCGGUUGAUGGAUUCUUCCAAAAAGAAUGACGAAUCCAGAAUAUUAAAAUUCAAGCCGAAUCUGUCAGUUUUACCGUUCAAGAACUUAAAGUCUGAUAAUGUUUUGCGAUUCUCUUUUAUAUCAAAACCAUUUUGCAGUAAUAGAAAGUUCAUUCGAUCAGAUAUGAAAAAUAAUAACGCUGAUCUCAAUGAUACUACAAUCGUUGCUGUCAAAAAAGCAUCAUUGUUGAAAUUUGUUCCAGAUGAAUUAACUAUUGAUCAAACAUUAAAUUUGCAGAAGGCCUGUAAAACAAUUGAAUCACUUUCAUUUUCAAUUACUCAAAUAUCUAGAGUUUAUCAUGAUAUAUUUUGUAUCAAUGUUUUCGAACGUUUUUGUAUAAUUGAAAAGAAGUUAAACCGAAAAAACCGUGUAUAUUUUAUAUACAAUAUAAAUAGUUCCGUUAUACGAUUUAAGUGUUUUGAUUGUGGCAAAUCAAAAUUUUCAGAUAUUCCAGUUUCAGAAUUGUGAAUAGUUUUUAAUAAAAGUGAUGGGCACUUAAUCAAAAUAAGCUUUUCAAUUGAUUCUUUAUUACCAACUCAAAAACAUCAAAAUUCCACAUUCCUAUUCUACAAUCAAUUUACUUGAUGUACUCGCCCCCUACCGUCGAACGACGGUCGUCGCGAAUUUCGUUAUCCGGCGACUUUCUACGUUCUUCAACGUGCUCUUAACCUCUCGUACGACAGAUUUGUCUGCUAUUUUUUUUAUUUAUACUUGUUUCUCAUAUUAAACGUUAAAAUUCCCGUGUUUUGAGGACAGAUUAAAUUUUCUUGUAUUUUUUACUUGCAAUAUGCACAUAUUUUGAUAAAUUUUACGACAGAUUACUAUUUUUAAUCAUCUGUCGUAAGUAUAACAAGGGCCAUUUAUAUACCCCUAUCUGCGCGCCGACAAUAUACAUAUAGGUAUACACAGCAGCACAUAAGGUGACUAUAACGCGGGUUCCGACUUGUAAACUCGGGUUAGCAACUGGCAGACUGGCAGUAGUCUCGCGCGACGGGUUGGCGCAGCGCUGUGUGUACUACUGUACUGUGUGUUAUAAGUGAAAAUGGCCGCCCCGGUAAAGAGACGCGAAUUGCAGCGCGAGGUCGACAAAAAUCAGCGCGACGAUGAGGAGGACAGCAUCGACGAGUCCAGCGGCGAGGAGAACGACAACGACGUCGCCGACGAGCAGGGAAUGGAAAUUCAAGUAGACUUUGAAGGGCGUAAUCCUCAAGAUCCAGAUUUUCAUGGAAUUAAAACCCUUCUACAACAACUUUUCUUGAAGGCUCACAUCGAUCUUGGAAGCUUGACGGAUUUGAUAAUUCAACAAAAUUAUGUCGGUUCAGUAGUCAAACAAUCGCAGGAUGAAGCAGAGUCUGAUGAUGAGGACGAUGAUGUAAAUGAUGUAUUCGGUAUUACUACGGUCAUCAAUGUUUCAGACAGACAGAAUGUACCUUGCAUUCAGGAACUGAGAGACUUAUUAAAGCAACUUGCCAAUGAACACGCAACCGACUCCACAAAUGCCAUGAUCAAAAACGUACUCGAGAACGACGCUGCCGCUUUGGGACUUUUAAUUAACGAACGAUUCGUCAACAUUCCUGCGCAGAUUUCUGUGCCCCUCCUUGAAAAUCUCAUUUCGGAAAUGAGCAGAGCAGCCAACAAGAAAAUGCCGUUCGAUUUCUCUUACUACAUUCUCAUUUGCAAACUUUACAAGACCAACGAGGAGAACCAGAAGAAAAAGAACAAGAGCAAACGAAAAAAUGCCACCGAAGAGCCAAACGUAAUUUGGAGCAACCCCGAGGAGGAAAUAUUCGCAGAGGAGGCUGAUUGCAGUUUUGAAUUCUCCGUGGAAAAGGACUCGGAUAACGGAUUGUCUGGCGCAUGGACCGAGGACGACUACGAAAUGGUUCCCUACAGGCGGGUAUUGCUUUUCGAAUCCGCCAAACUGCAGCAAAUAAUCGACAAGAUCAAGACUCAGCUUUCGUAAAUCUGUGCAAGCCUAUUCGAUGAUAUUCGAGACGGUUGUGACUGAAAAAGUAUAUUUUUGUUGCGAGAAAAUAUAUUUUGUACUUUUUGAUUGCCUGUGAAGAUAUAGUCGUGAGUAGGAAAAGAUAGUCGUAUAUUUUUCUGCAUUUUUCCACGACUUCGUAUAUAGUCAUUGAGAGAAGAAAUUUGUACCACAUCAUGAAUAGCACACACACGCUUAUCGAUCGCUUCUUAUUGUCUUGCUUGCCUUCGUCGAGACGGAUUCCUGUAAUUUUUAUAAUAUGAAGUCGGUAGAAAAAAGAUUUAUUAGACACAUGUACUCAUAACGAAAACGAUUUAUAAUUGUAUUUAUGUAAUAAAUCCUAUAAUAAUAACA